GAAGUGAAUUGUUAUCCAGGACAGAAUACACAGGGAGAGACAGGAGAGAGGGAGUGAACCAGGAGCUGGGCUCCGCCUGCCCUUGUGUGUGUGUUUCAGAGAGAGAGGGACACUGUUGCUGCUGCUUUGUGUUUCUGGGGCGGCUUCUCGGCACAUCUUCCCUCCUCCCGCCCCGGGAACUCCCCGGCUCAUAUUUAACCUCGUCCCUCAGGCCAUGAUCGGCAGGAGGUAGUGGGACAGUGUGAGGCGGCAGCACCUCCUCGCCGCUCUGUAAGAUUUCCCCGUCCCCCCUCCCCAGCCUUUGGUGAGCAGCUUCGGCGGAUCCCCCGGUGGGUUGUGUAGCUCCGGCCUCUGACCGAGAUGUCCCUGCCCUGCUGUGUAUCGCAGCUGGCCUGCUGCUGUGGCUCCAGCGACUGCUCUCUGUGCUGCAGCUGCUGCCCAAAUAUUAAAACCUCCACAAGUACUCGAGUCAUGUACACCCUCUACCACAUUCUAGGAACCAUUGUCUGCUUUCUCAUGUUAUCACCAAGUGUGAGUGAUAUGCUGAAGACACAUGUUACCUUCUAUGAAGAGUUUUGCAGAACUAUUAAAGCAGGCAGUGAUUGUGAAAGGCUUGUGGGCUAUUCUGCUGUUUAUAAGGUCUGCUUUGGAAUGGCCAUAUUCUUCUUCAUUUUCUUCCUGAUAAUGAUCAAUGUGAAGACCAGUAAAGAUUUCCGAGCUUACCUCCACAAUGGGUUCUGGUUUGUGAAACUCGUGGUGCUGGCUGGAAUGUGUGCUGGAGCUUUUUUUAUACCUGACCAGGACACAUUUCACAAAGCAUGGCUAUACAUUGGUGUUGCUGGAGCCAUCCUUUUCAUUCUAAUUCAACUUAUACUGCUGGUGGAGUUUGCACAUAAGUGGAACAAAACCUGGUGGGCUGGAACAGCAAACAAUAAGUGUUGGUAUGCUGCCUUGGCCCUAGUUACCCUCAUUCUUUACUCUAUUGCUGUCUGCGCUGUUGUUCUGAUGGUGAUAUUUUACACCGAUCCUGAAGGCUGCACGCUAAACAAGAUUUUAUUGGGCGUCAACACUAGCCUCUGCUUCAUCGUCUCCAUGGUAGCAAUUACACCCUGUGUUCAAAAAUAUCAGCCUAACUCAGGCCUUCUCCAGUCAGGAGUAAUCAGCUGUUAUGUGAUGUAUCUUACCUUCUCUGCAUUGGCCAAUUCUCCUCCAGAAUAUGUCAUGAAGCAAGGAGUGAACACUACAAUAUGCAUUCCUCAGUUAUUGGGCAAAGGCCUUCAAACAGAUGACAAGCUUGUUUCUGUGCUGGGAGCCAUUAUCAUGUAUGGCUGCGUGCUCUAUGCCUGUCUAACUUCAACAACACGUUCCAGCUCAGCCACCCUGGGAGUGAGCACAGUUCGAAACUCUGAGCCAACUGAAGCUCGCUGCUGCUUCUGCUUUGCACCAGAUGAGGAAGGUAACUAUAAAGUCGAUGGAGCGGAGAAAGGAAUCCAGAAGGUGAUCCACAAUGAGAACAGCGGCGUUGUGUAUAGUUACUCCUUCUUCCACUUUGUCUUUUUUCUUGGUUCCCUGUAUGUGAUGAUGACAUUAACAAACUGGUUUCAGUAUCAUGAAGUUAAUUUAGAAAACUUGUUUGAACCUCAGAAUGUGUCCACCCUCUGGAUUAAGAUGGCUUCCUGUUGGAUGUGUAUCUUGUUGUUUCUAUGGACACUUAUUGCUCCCAUGUGUUGUCCAAGCCGUGAAUUUUCAGUGUGAUUUUUGGUUUUACCUUCCUCAGUACUCCAGUUUUGUACAUCCCUCUUUCAUCUUCAUGUCAUGUUAAAUACCUGCAACAUUUUGACUCAUCUUUUUGCAUUGUACUCUAGCUAUAGGUUUGUUUUUAAUAUACUGUUGUAGUCUCUAUCAACAAUGUUUUCUAUGUCAAUUACAUUUCUGCAAGUUUCUAUAGGGAUAGUAUUUAAGUGUGGGGUUUGAUGCCCUCAUCUGUAAUUCUUGAGUUUGAAAAACCUGAAACAAUUAAUUGGAUCUAGCAGUUUGAGUGGCAGGGCCAGUGGGAUUUGAGGGUGGAUGGUUAGGAAUGUUACUUGGAACGGGAGUUCUGAAAGUUCACGGGAAUAAUGCUGGAUGAUGGUUUAUAUUGAAAGUGCAGUGGGAAGAUCAGUCAUUUGCAUGAUAUGCAUGAUAUUGUUAAACUCACAGUACCAGAUUAUCUAUAGAUAGAAACCUUAUGUACAUUGAUAUAUACAAAGUAACCUAAAGGUUUUCGAUUCGGAGUUGGACCUUUGUUAAAUUGCAGUCUAGCAAGUUGUUACUGGAUCUCAAUUUGUAUCUUUCCUAAUCUGCACUGAUGAGUUAUUUGUCUAUACAUCUGGUUAAGAGUUGCUUUGAUUCAACAUCUGGCCGACUUCUAGACUGGAAUGGAAACCCAAAAGUGCUUAGGAAUAACAAAAAUGUAAAAUAUCAGUUCUUUCUAUUAAAAUAUAAUAGAUGUGAUGUAGUCUGGAGUAAGCUGAUGGGGAUUUUUGCAAGUAGGGAUGUAUAAAUUGCUCAGAAUAUGUAUGGGCAAAAUGUGGGGUUGUUAUAUCAAUUUAAAUCUAAUGCAAGUGUCUCCCCAUUUGGAUUUCAUUGUCUACCUCUCUCCACCCACUCACCCACCCAUCUCUAAUGCUAAUGCUUUUGUUUAUUGCUCUAAGAAAUGCCACCAUAUUAAGGUUAUUGCAUCAAAACCAUAUGGUUGUGUUCCAUUUGUGCAACAAUUGGGACCAAAACAUUUUGGCUUGAUGUACCACAAUCUGCUGAGAGGAAAGGAGAUAUGUGAAAAAGUUACGGUGCUAGGAUCAAAUCAGAAAGUUGCAUCUCCUAUGAUAUGUUAAUAUAUGAAGAAAUAGAAAAGGGUUGAUUGAACUAAGUGUUUUGAUGCGGGUAUUAGUGCAUAUUUAUUUAACAAGAAAGAUUUUUAAAUAUAGUAUUUGAUGCAGAAAUUUCUAGUAUAAUGCAAAACAAAGUAAAUUAGUGUUACAACAGUCAAGUUGGUAUGGAAAACCAGACCCGGUCAGUAAUAUGGCUGUAAAUCUAUUGGAAUAAAUCCAUUUUUGCUGCCUUUCACCAAUUGCUAGUCAUAAUUUAGCCAAAUGUUUUCUUACAUUUUAGCCAAGCGGUAUCUGUUUUAGUGUGAAAAUCUAUUCUGAAUCCUUGUGUGGUUGAAUGUGUCAAUUUCUGAUAGGCCAAAUGAAGAAGCCCAGCUUAAAUCCCAUAAGGCAUUACAAAGUCAGAUCGACAUUGAGAAUGCUUGUACUCUCUGCCUUUGCCACAGUGAACAAAUUUUAAAAAUCAAGUUCAGAACAUGUGAUUGUGCCACUUGUUGUCUAGUUUCAGGAAGUUGUGCAACAACUUCCUUGAUAUAGGAACUUGUGCAAAGCCGAGCUGUAUUUCCUAGAAACUGCUUUGCACAGAAAUCUGCACAAGCAAUCUACCCAAUAGAUGGAGCAUAUGCAGUAUGCAUGCUGACACUGAUGAGACCUGAAACUGAGAUAUAAUUGCCUGAGUCUUGCUCUAUAUCCUCAGUCCUGUGGGGGAAUGGGGUUUAAAGUGUCUUAUGAUGAUCCUUGGAUAAAGCUAAACAUCUUUACUUACCUCAAUCUCAUGCCAGCUUUAAUGCCUGGUAAUAAUUGUGUUCUGUGGAGUUCUUUUCUUCAACUCCAAUGAGAAUAAGCUUGAAGUGAAGAAGUUAACUGCAGUUGUUGCUAAAGCACAUCGACAAUCAAAUGUCCUAUCAAUGACCUGCUCACAUGCCCUGUUAAUGCAAUAAACUCAGUUGGUGAUUUACAUAUAUUAGAACUCCAAUCUUGUGGAAAUUUAUAACAAAAAAAUACGAACACUUUGUUGAGGUGUGUAGGCUGUUGGUACAAUUAAUCACUGCAGGACAGUGCUUCUGUAUACUGGAGUCUUCCUACAAUGUUACAGAAGAGAUAGCUAAAAUGGCAGACCUCAUUUAUCUCCUGAGGUACACUGUUUAUUUUGAGACAAAUUGAUUAAUAACAGAUGAAUUUGGUUUAGAAGUUGUACCUUUUUAUGGAGGUUUUUGUUGCUCUGAACUGUGGGAAGGAUAAAUGAGUUUAGGUCAAAACUGCCAAUUGAAGGCUUUCUACUGUAACAGCCCUUAUGGGUGCACAAGCAGCUUUUACAAUUUUUGCUAUCUGCAGUUGGCCUGUGGCAACUCAAAUGUAUGAAAGUGUUGCUAUAAAAUUUGGUGUGCUGAAGUGCAGGCUGCACAAAGACUACUUUGUUAACAUCCUUUAUUCCUGGGUUCCAAGGUAAAUGGAUACUUUAGAUACUUUCUCCCCUCAUUUGGUGUGAAUGUUGUUGCUGGUUUGCAGCAGAUGCUGAACUAGUUUUGAGUUUUAAUUCCUACACUGGUGCUAAAUAUGGGCCUGCCUUUCUAACUGGGGCUUCUAACUUCCAUAUAGUGGAAUAUUUUACUUCUCUCUGUGGCCAUAUUGCCUUGCCUCAGAUGUUCUUCAAAAUGCCUCAUUUGGCAUCCAAUGUCUAAGAUUUAAAUAAUUUUUUACCAUGGACACUUAGAGGCGAUGGUGCCUGAUUUUUGUCUCCAACCUUUUGCCUGUGCCACACAAAGACAAAAGUCUUGGGCCUUAACAUUCAAGAUCUGUCAAGGGCAACUGGUAUUACUUAAAGCUGUGGAAAAACUUUGUUCAAACAUUCAAGGUGGUUUUCUAUCAAGGGUAUUUCUCACUAUUGCAAUCUUUUGAUAUGACUUUGUUGUAGCAGUUUUCUUUUGUUAUUUGUGCCAGUCAUUAUUGUACUAUGAUUGAUUGCUUAUUGUCAGGUAUUUAGACCUUAAAGUUGGCUAUGCUAAUUUAAGGUGGAAGCUUUAUUUAUAUAGUUCUUGAAUCUCUGAUACUUGGAUAUGCAGCUUACCGGCAGGGGAAAAGAUUUGAGUUUUCUCAACUAUGAGUUAUAUAUCUUAAGUAAAUUUUGCUAAAUGUUCUCAUUAAAGUCUUUAAUUAUUUCACCACAUAAUCUUGGUUGUACAAUGUAAAGUUCUACCUUAAAAUGUUUUUUAUAUAAAGAUUGUACAUUAAUGUUUUUCAAUUUUUAAUGUAAUGUUGCUUUACUGACUUUAUACUCUUAUAAGCGCACAUUGUUUUUAUUAAAAUAUACAAUAGAGAUUU